AUGUGCCAUUUAACUUAUCCUGGUUUAAUUAUGGGGUUGUGUAAGAAUGCAAGAGUCCAAAUUCAUGCCGAGGGUCAUCAAACCAUUGAAGUUAUUAUUAAUGACAACUUCAUUGAGAGACUUUGUGUACCUAGGGAUGCAGCUCCUCCAACAACUCCAGCUCAACAACCUUUUGAUCUAGCAUGUAUACCUGUAGAGUUUUUGGCUUAUGCUAAUUGGCCUGAGGACAAGCCUGUUCAACAGGAGGGGGCAGUUGUGGAAGAAGAAGUUGGUAAUGAUGAUAGUUCUAGUGGCGAGACAAUUGGUGAGGAGGGAGAAAGUGAUGAGGAUGAAAGCAUGAGUGGCUGA